GAGUUUUUGCACAGGUGGCUGGCAGUGACCUGGAUGCACUGCACCUGUCGCCUGUCAAGUGGCUGCUAAUGCGAUUAGGGAGGACUCCGAAAACGGGAUUGGCACUUGGGACAGGGAACCCAGAGAACCCAGAGAAUUCAGAGAACUCAGCUGCCAAUCAGGUGGGCCAGCCACAAACUUCACACAUUUCGGACACAUAUAUCCACAACCAGAAGGACACGGAGCUAAGUAAACACAACCCCACACCCUUACAUCCUUGACAAGAUGCCGGCGGACAUAGUGACCACGGAGCAGCUGCGCUACCAGCUCGCCUUCAGCCAUGCCAUGGAGAGGACGACGCGGCACUGGCAGGAGACCUUCGCGUGGUACCCGAGGAUGCAGUACUGCCACUACCAGCGGAUCGACCAGAUCUAUCUGGAGAGUCGCCAGCGGUACGGCGACGGCCACUUCCUCAAGUACGCCAGCCGGAGGCGCCUGGCCAAGAAGUUCAUGGUCACCGCCGAGGAGGUAGCGGACGAUCUGGAGGAUCGCAAGAUGCUGGAGAAGGACGGCAUUACGGGCCUCAAGGUACCGGCCACCGAGAACGGGGAGUACGGCCGGAUGAAGCCCUCCAAGCUGUACUUGUGCUAGGACUCCCUGUGACCAGCCGGGUGUCACUCUGCACUCUGCACCCCAAUCCUCUCCAGAAGCACUCGCAAUUAAACUAUCAUUCUCCGCUGACAAUGCAA